GCGCCCCGGGAGGCACCGCAGCCUCGCCCGGCCCGAGCCCCGCCGCGCCGGCCGCGGAUGCCAAAGUUCCUGGGCGGCGGCGGCGGCUGGCAGCGAGGCCCGGGCGGCCGCCGGCAGGGGCGCUCGGGCUGCCGCAGCCCCGGGGACUCGCGGGGCUCCCCGCCCGCUCCCCGCGCCCGGCCCCGCGCCCCGUCCUGCGCGCGCGCGCCUGGAGGCCGAAGCGGACCCUCGGCCCGGCUCCCGCCGGCGCCCCGCCCGCGGCCCGGCGCCCCGCGGCCCCUGCCCGAGUCCCCGCCCGGUGUUGCCGCUAAUGAGCCGCCUCUCUCCUCCCAGCUACCCUGAGACCCGCCGGACCCCGGGUGCCUGGAGGGUGCAGGGCUCCGGGAGCCUCAUCCUAAGUUGCUGAUGGCUCCCCGCCAAGGCCACCGGGCACUGCCGCGUCUGUGCUGAGCGCGUCGCACGUUAAGGCCCUUGCAGCACCCGGACUGCUUGGAAGGACAAAACUUAAAAGCCAUCGGAUCCGGCCCCGGGCCAGGUCCCCGUGGAGUCCCUCCCUAUCCCAUUUCCACCCACUGUCACAAUCUGAGAGCCAGCCGGUCGGAUCUGCGGCACCCCGUGGGGGCGGCGCCAUGGCAAGGUGAGGAGGACACGGCGCGAGGGGCCGCGCGGGGCUGAGCCCAGGUCCCUCCUGUCUGCUGGAGAACGUGACUUCCUGUCCGCCGGCGCGACCCCUGGCCUCCGCGUCGCUGGUCCAUGCUGAGGCCGCCAGCGCCCCCCGCCCCAGCUGCUGCCGCCCCGCCCCGGGGCCCCUGCGGGCGCCGCCAUGCCGCCCCUCCUCGCCCUCCUCCUGCACUGGCUGCCGCUGGCCGCCGCCGACUAUGACAUCUGCAAGUCCUGGGUGACCACGGACGAGGGCCCCACGUGGGAGUUCUACGCCUGCCAGCCCAAGGUGAUGCGGCUGAAGGAUUACGUCAAGGUGAAGGUGGAGCCCUCGGGCAUCACGUGCGGGGACCCCCCGGAGAGGUUCUGCUCCCACGAGAACCCCUACCUCUGCAGCAACGAGUGUGACGCGUCCAACCCCGACCUGGCGCACCCGCCGCGGCUCAUGUUCGACAGGGAGGACGAGGGACUGGCCACCUACUGGCAGAGCGUGCCCUGGAGCCGCUACCCCAGCCCGCUGGAGGCCAACAUCACGCUGUCGUGGAACAAGAGCGUGGAGCUGACCGACGACGUGGUGGUGACGUUCGAGUACGGCCGGCCCACGGCCAUGGUCCUGGAGAAGUCGCUGGACAACGGGCGCACGUGGCAGCCCUACCAGUUCUACGCCGAGGACUGCAUGGAGGCGUUCGGGAUGCCGGCGCGGCGCGCGCGGGAGCUGGCGGCGUCGGGCGCGCACCGCGUGCUGUGCACCGAGGAGUACUCGCGCUGGGCCGGCUCCAAGAAGGAGAAGCACGUGCGCUUCGAGGUGCGCGACCGCUUCGCCAUCUUCGCGGGCCCCGGCCUGCGCCACAUGGACAACCUGUACGCGCGCCUGGAGAGCGCCAAGGGCCUCAAGGACUUCUUCACGCUCACCGACCUGCGCAUGCGCCUGCUGCGGCCCGCGCUCGGGGGCACCUACGUGCAGCGCGAGAACCUCUACAAGUACUUCUACGCCAUCUCCAACAUCGAGGUGGUGGGCAGGUGCAAGUGCAACCUGCACGCCAGCCUGUGCUCAGUGCGCGAGGGCAGCCUGCAGUGCGAGUGCGAGCACAACACCACCGGCCCCGACUGUGGCAAGUGCAAGAAGAACUUCCGCACCCGCUCCUGGCGCGCCGGCUCCUACCUGCCGCUGCCCCACGGCUCGCCCAACGCCUGUGCCGCUGCGGGCUCGGUCGGCAACUGCGAGUGCUACGGGCACUCCAACCGCUGCAGCUACAUCGACUUCCUCAACGUGGUGACGUGCGUCAGCUGCAAGCACAACACGCGGGGCCAGCACUGCCAGCACUGCCGCCUGGGCUACUACCGCAACGGCUCGGCCGAGCUGGACGACGAGAACGUGUGCAUCGAGUGUAACUGCAACCAGAUCGGCUCCGUGCACGACCGGUGCAACGAGACGGGCUUCUGCGAGUGCCGCGAGGGCGCGGCGGGGCCCAAGUGUGACGACUGUCUCCCCACGCACUACUGGCGGCAGGGCUGCUACCCCAACGUGUGCGACGACGAGCUGCUGCUGUGCGCCAACGGAGGCACGUGCCUGCAGAACCAGCGCUGCGCCUGCCCGCCCGGCUUCGGCGGCGAGCGCUGCGAGCGGCCGCGCUGCGAGCCCGACUGCGACGGCGCGCCCGGCGGCCCGCGCCCCGCCACGCUGCUCGGCUGCCUGCUGCUGGGGCUGGCCGCCCGCCUGGCCCGCUGACCGCCGCCCCGCCUCCUCCUCGUUCCGUUACCGUCCUGGUGUCUACUGCGCCGGCGCGCCCGGACCCCGGCCCGGACCCCGCGGCCGCCCGCUGGUCGCUGGCCCGAUUCUCUUUUCUAUUCCUCUGUUUCCCUUCGCCGCCCGGGCCCGGGGGCAGGACGGGAGGCGGGCGAGGCCGGGCCCCGGGUUUGGAGACGGUUCCGUGUGUACCCGCCGCGCAGCUCGAGGGGCCGGGCGGCGCCCCAGUAAAGGCCGCUCGCGGCCGCCUCGCGCCCUU